GCUAGAUUCAGGGCUACUUGCUGCCCAGCAGUGUUGGUAAACCACCUAGAGUCACUAGGUAGCAUGUGGAAGAAGACAAGUAGCUCCUGAACCUUGGAAGCCUUUGCUUGGAACAGAGGGAUGAGGGAUUUCUCCAAGUAUUUAGCCACAUGUGUGGAAGGUUUUCUUCCCUGUCUCACAUGACACAAGGCAGAAGCUCAAACACAUUACACAAUAAUCAAAAUAUGCCUCUGGCAAAGCUGAGCCAAAAAAACAAGCUGCUGGAAGAAACUGGGAUGCAAAUACAAGGCACCCACUUCAACGAACUUCAUUUGAGAAGGCAAGCUUUCCAGAAGUUUCAUUUAAAGGAAGUGCUUUGUGACAGUAACUCCCAAUUCCAACAAAAGUGGACAACAAGGUCCGGCUGUGGAACAUCUGUUUAAGAUUCAGCAGAUUUCCAACUUGAUGUCAGGCGCUGCUUGAAGAAAGUGGUGCUCGUAUCACCAUGAUCUUCCUUGUUCUGGUUGUCUGGAUUGCUCCCUGUAUAGCUAAUCAAUUUCUCAGUAGCUUUGUAAAAGCAGAAAUUCAGAAAAGUUCCAAGCAAAUAAUCUGCAGUUUGCCAGGACCACCAGGCCCUCCAGGUGCUCCCGGAGUUCUGGGUGCUCCUGGAAAUAUAGGAAGGAUGGGUCUCCCAGGAAAAGAUGGACAGGAUGGAAAAGAUGGAGAGAAAGGAGAGCCGGGGGAGGAAGGUACCCAAGGCAGGACAGGAAAUCCAGGCCAACCAGGAACGAAAGGGAAACCAGGAGCCAUUGGCAAAGCUGGUCUCCGUGGCCUAAAAGGCCCCAAGGGAACCCCUGGAAAAAGCGGGGGGCCUGGAAAGAAAGGGCCCAGAGGAACCCAAGGAGACUCUGGGAUGCUUGGCCCUUGCAGCUGUAGGGCCAAGAAAGCCAAAUCAGCUUUCUCUGUUGCCGUGACCAAAAGUUACCCAAAAGAGAGGUUGCCCAUCAAAUUUGACAGGAUCCUCAUGAAUGAAGGUGGAAAUUACAAUGCUUCCAGUGGGAAAUUUAUAUGCAACAUCCCCGGUAUCUAUUAUUUCACUUAUGAUAUCACACUGGCGAAUAAACACUUGGCUAUUGGGCUGGUGUACAAUGGUCAGUACAGGAUAAAAACAUUUGAUGCCAACACCGGGAACCAUGACGUUGCUUCUGGAUCAACAAUCCUUUCCCUAAAGCAGAAGGACGAGGUUUGGCUGCAGAUAUUUUACUCAGAACAGAAUGGGCUGUUCUAUGACCCCUACUGGACAGAUAGCCUCUUCACUGGCUUUAUGAUAUAUGCUGAUCAGGAUUAUCUCAAUGAAAUAUAGGGGAGGCUGCCAACUCCAACAAACCUAAUGGAAGACCGAGAGCAUGAAACGUUGUGUACAUUUAUCUCUGAAAAAGUAUUUCAGCUGCAAAAGCAGGCCUAAACGGACAGUGGCCCAAAGCUCCUGCAAUAUUUAUAUGAUUAGCCUAAAUGUUUGGGUUUCUUUGUCUCAGAUGAUACAGAUGCUUAAAGAAUCAUUCUUUUCCAUAGAUAUACAUUCAUAAGUGAUUUCUAAAAGAGAGGGAAGGGGAGAUAAAGAGAUAAAUUUUUAUUGAUGGUUAUGAU